CCUGUUGCCAUCCCCAAACCCACGUUGUAUGCAUCACUAGGCCCCAUCACUCAGCGGGAGACACUACUUUAAACCGGAAAACAGGAUACCACUUCGGUAUCACCAAGAAUAUUCACCAUGACAGCACACUCGAGACGACCCGAGGACCCCUUCAAGGUGCUCGUCAUCGGCGGCUGCUAUGCUGGCAUAUCGGCAUGCCUCAACCUCCUCGACCUGUGCUCCGGGAGUGACCCACGAUGUGGCAAGCGCGUAGACGACUCGCCGUCAUCGCUUGCCCCGUUUGAGGUCGAGGUUACCAUUGUCGACGAAAGGGACGGCUACUUCCACAUCAUCGGCUCGCCGCUAGCACUGGCUUCCAACGAGUACGCCGAGAAGGCGUGGGUCAAGUUCGAGGACGUAGCAGCGCUGCAGCAGCCUAACAUCCGCAUCAUCCAGGGUAGCGUGACGCGCGUGGACGCCGAGUCCAAGACGGCCACCAUAACCCCGACGGGCUCUACGGGCGCGCGGGAGGCGGCGUACGACUUUUUGGUGGCGGCUAGCGGGCUGCGGCGGGUGUGGCCCGUGGUGCCGCAGUCGCUGCGGCGCAAGCAGUACCUGUUCGAGGCGGGCGACCACGCCGACGCCGUGUCGCGCGCGGCCCACGGCGUGCUCGUCGUCGGCGGCGGCGCCGUCGGCAUCGAGAUGGCGGCUGAGCUGAAGCUGGUGCGCCCGGAGACCCGCGUCGUGCUCGCCCACUCGCGCGACCGCCUGCUCUCGUCCGAGAGCCUGCCCGACGAGGCCAAGGACGUGGCGCUGGCCUUGCUGCGCGGGGCCGGCGUCGAGGUGCUCACGGGCCACCGGCUGCUGGAGCAGGCCGAUGUCAAGGCGCCCGACGGCACGAGGGCGGUGGAGGUGAGGUUCACGAACGGGCAUAAGCUGCUGGUCGACGUGGUCAUUAUGGCAGUCUCCAAGAGCGUGCCCUCGUCUGCGUUUUUGCCCGCCGUGGCGCUCGAUGACGAGGGCUAUGUCAAGAUCCAGUCCAAUAUGAUGUUCCCCGCCGAAACCCCAAACGCCACCAGCCACUUCGCGGCCGGAGACCUGUGCGCCUGGUCCGGCAUCAAGCGCUGCGGCGGGGCCAUGCAUAUGGGCUUCUGCGCCGCUACAAACAUGCACCAGGUCAUGCUGCAGCAACUGACGGGCCAAGCCCCCAAAUUUAUCGAGCUGGCCGAGUUCCCGCCAAUGAUCGGCCUCGCCGUCGGCAAGAAGGCCAUGAGCUACGGGCCAGACGCUGGGGUCAACUCUGGGGAGGACGUGAUGGAAAUGUUUUUCGGCGAUGAUCUCGGGUUUAGCAUUUGUUGGAAUUAUUUGAGACUGGGCGGCGAGAAACUGGCAUGAUGGCUAGAAGCGAUAUUACUGCAUGACGGCCCGUCAUAUUUUCAUCAGGCCUAGGUAGCUGCUGAAGUUGUCGUGCCACUCUUGGUUGGAUACCAGCCCAUUUAGACGGACUCACCAAGCUGGCAGGUGGUUAAAAUUGAGCUACUGUACCUGUCG